AUGGAUCCCUUACGACGCCUACCUGCUCAGCUUACGGUCGUCGAUCUUUCCACCGACUGGUCCUUGCUUGUGCCUGACCUGGAAAUGGAGUCUGAAUCUGCAUUGGCGCAGUUCCAUGCACAGAGCAUGGCUCUAUCCAGCCGAGUAUAUCCUUUGAUUCAUUUGCUGAGACUGGCUCGGAUCACUGCUGCCUGCCCACUUUGUUUGCCACGCUUUUUCUUCCAACGUCUCCAAACGACUACAGUUCGUCUUUUUCUGCUUCCAAAGGCAAACCAAGCCGCUUCCGCCUCAACAUCCAGCGAGGCGCCUGUGCGCUUUGGCCGAGGUAUUGGUCAUAUGGUUCGUGUAAUGGGAAUUCUUCAACAAACUACGGCUAGUUCUAGUUCUGACAUUGGCUCUGAUAAUUCAGAGGUGGCAGCAGACUCUUCAAGGGUUCGACUACGUCGACGUGUCACUGCUGUUCGCAUCGAGCUAACUGUCCGUCCGGUGAUCCAACCUAAUCUCGUUAACUCAUCCAUAUCUGACAUUGGGCAUAUGAAAUCCAGUCGCUUAGCUUCCCCUCUUGUUUCUGAUGGCAUUAGAGGAGCUUCUUCUACAACUCUUGCUUCGAAUAUAUCUUCCCAGCCAAUAGGGCCUGAUGAUGACGCUAUUCGCCUUGUUCGAACAGUGCCAGUUCUACGCGACUAUUUCCAGGCCGAGUUUUGUGUAGUUUUUUCUCCUGAAACCGGUCCCACGGGUCUGGAAUUGGAAUUUCCAAGUCCUUCAUGGGACUCCCGGCGUCUUUUGGUUUCUACUCCCUCCACUUUGUCUACAGAUCUAUAUAGCCUGCGUGUUGAAGCUAGCCUAAUUGAUCGACAUGGCCAAGCAUGGCUGCUGACGGCUCAGCAACACCAGCAAUCUUCGGAAUCGACACUCGUGCGUCUUGAAUCUGCUCCUCCAGUAGCCCCGCCGCCCCAUAGCCAGGCUCCGCCUACUGGUAUCUCAUCUAGUAUUGCUGCUCCUACUUCUACCCCAUUUAAUCCAUCUUCAUCCUCCUCUCAGCCGGGUCAAAAUGCUGCCCAAAGUUCUAGUCCUACUUCCGUGUCCGCCACUACUUCAUCCUCGAUCUCGACUUCUGCAGCGACGAUAGCUCGACGUUCUUGGGAUAUAGGACACUCAGUUGCUGGAGCUCGACGUGGAGGGUCUCUUUCAACUCGUAUACACACUCGCGGCCGGAAGAUGUCUGGAUUUUCAGGACAUCAUUAG